AUGAGCGACGGCAUAGAGGAUGUCAGCCAUGGCACGGAUGACUAUGACGCCCAGGACAUUGAGAAGCCAGGAGAAGUCGUCGCUGGUACGGGCCAACUGCAACGACGUCCCGAAAAUCGGCAAAUUCAGAUCAUGGGAGUCGGCGGUGCUAUCGGUACGGCACUCUUCAUUAGCAUUGGUGGUGCCUUGCCAAAAGGUGGACCACUAAGCUUGCUUCUCGGCUACGCGAUAUACUGCCUUAGACUUGCUUGUGUCAACAAUUGCCUGGCCGAAAUGACUGUUCUGUAUCCUGUCCCGGGUGGGUUCAUCCGCCUGGCUGGUAAAUGGGUCGAUGAUGCUUUCGGUUUUAUGGCAGGGUGGAACUUCUUCCUCUUUGAAGCCCUUUCAAUUCCAUUUGAAAUCACCGCCAUCAACAUGGUGCUCUCGUUCUGGAGAGAUGAUAUUCCAACUGGUGCCGUGUGUGGUGCAUGCAUCGCUGCUUAUGCGUAA